AUGAGUUUGAAACAAUUGAAGAAGUCUGAAUUACAACAAUUGGCUGAAGGCCUUGGAUUAGGUGAAAUUGAAGGCACCAAGGCAAUCAUUGAAGAACAGAUCAAUGUCCAUUUUGACUUGCACCCAGAAUUGGAGGACCAUAAAGGAUAUGCUAAAUAUUUUGGGUAUCGUAAAAGAAUGGGGACCCCGGUGAAGGCUUUGAGAUCAUCAACAAUCUCCACCCCAAGUAAAUCGUUCCGUGCUAGUGAGUCAGAUGUUUCUGAAUCAGAUGGCUCAGGAUCAGAAGACUCUGGAGAAGAAGACGAAGAAGAAGAAUUAGUAGAGGGGGUCAAGGAAGAGGAAGAGGAUAAUGAAGAAGAAGAAGAAGAAGGAGAAGAAGAAGAAGAAGAGGAAGAAGAAACCCUCGAACAAGAAAUUGAAGAGCUUCCAAGUUCUACCGAAGAAGCAGAAGUGCAAUUGUAUAAUGAACUUAAAGUUAAAGCUUCGGAAAAGUUUAAGGCUUUGAAGGCUAAAAGUCACGAAUGUUAUGAAACCACUAUUGAAGAGAUUAUUGCCAAGAAUUCCUCUUUGAAAUCCUUUUUCAGUACUCCAGCCACCAUAUACAACUUGGAACUCUUGGUGGAAUUCUACUCUGUUGCGAGUUAUUUCCUCACCUUUGUUCCAAUUAAACAAUUAGUGCCUUUGAGCAUUGAGAAGUCAUUACCAGAACUGAUUAACCAAAUCAAAGUGCCACACAUUGUGAAUUUCUUGAAGUUGGAAGCAGUUGCCGUGAUUUGUUUCUGGUUUACUAUCUCAUUGUUUUUGCCAAUGGUCACCAGUUACUAUGUCAACUUUAAUAAGAGUGGGGCUAAGUAUGAUCCUUUCAGCUUCUUUGUUUCCAAAGGUUUGUUGCACUACUUCUUUUUAGGUAAAGCAAUCGGUUUUGAGGAUAUUGCUAAUGACGCGAUGGUGUCUGCGUCUAAGGUCAGUGGGGUCGAUGUGGGGCUUACCGUUUUUGACUAUUUCAGAGACCUUAUUUUCGAAGAGACAAUAAUCUUGAGAACCGCCUUGGGUUUGAUACCAUUCUUUGGGAACGGUGUUGCUGUUCUUAUCUCCCUUUAUGUUGCUAUCAGUUCAUAA